UUUAUGAGUGUGUGUGUGUCUGAAGUACUGUGAGGUAGAGCAAUCUGAGCAGGAGUGGGAAAAAACUGAAAAGGCACUGGGAUAGGGCAGAUAAAAAAAAGUGAGUGUUGUGAAAGGCAAAAGCAGGAGAAGGAGGAAGAGGGAGAGAGAAAAUUUGGACAGUCUAAAGGUUAAGACUAACAGCAGGGGAGCAGUAUGAGGAGACGGAGUAGAAAGUCUCUCUUCUCUUUCAUGAUCACUCUCCUGGGUUUGGGGACCCUGAUAACCACUCUCAUCUGGUACAAGUUGGACAGCAAUCCUGUGGAACCUCACCGACCUCAAAAGAAACGUGCCCCAAAGCCAUCAGAAAUUUGCAAAAGCUGCAAGGAAAUCAUUGACAAAGUACAUCAGCGUUACAAUGAAACCUGGAAGAAGAAUGAGAAAAAUUACUUAAAAUUCAGAGCUCAUCUGAAUGUUAAGUGCAAUGGCUUUGACAACGCCAUCAUUACACAGAACAAUACUCCUCUAGGAUCGAAUAUUGUUUACGAUGGGGAAAAGAAGAGGACUCUUCAGGUGAACGAGGACUUUUUCAACUUGUUUUUAAAGGAGAAUCCUUUCUCAAAUAAGAAAUUGGACACUUGUUCAGUUGUUGGGAAUGGUGGGAUCCUGUUUGACAGUGACUGUGGAAAAAUGAUUGAUUCAGCUGACCUUGUUAUCAGGUGCAACUUACCUCCUUUGGAAAAUGGAUACGAGAAAGAUGUUGGCAUCAAAACUAGCCUUGUGACAGCAAACCCAACCAUCUUCUUUAAUAAGUAUGGCUCGCUGGCUGGACGUCGCCUUCCAUUUGUGGAGAGUCUUCGCAAGUACGGCAACUCUCUGCUGCUCCUUCCUGCCUUCUCCUUUGGUAUAAAUACUGCUGUUUGUCAGCGAGUUGCAUAUACAAUACAGGACUUUAAAAGCCCUAUUCGACCUGUUUUCUUCAACCCUCAGUACCUUGACAGUCUGGCCCAAUUCUGGCGCUCUGAAGGCCUGAAAGAAGUGCGGCUCAGCACUGGAUUAAUUAUGGUUAGCAUGGCCCUGGAAUUGUGUGAAAAUGUGCAUCUGUAUGGAUUCUGGCCCUUUAGUAAUCACCCAUAUGGCUUCUAUAAUGUGACUAACCACUACUAUGAUGACGUUCCACCUAAAAUGAGUGUCCAUGCAAUGCCGGCUGAGUUUGACCGCUUGUUGCAGCUUCACACUGAAGGGGUACUCAGGCUUCACCUAGAAGACUGUAAAUCAGAUGAAAAAUAGUUCCCAGGGAUAGACAACAACACAGAAGCAAAGCACAGAAGCAAGUACCUCUGCUAUAGCCUCAGGAUGAAACCAGUAAACUUUUUGCCUUUGUAAGGCCAUUGCGCUUUACAUUUUUGUACUUUAUCACAAAUAUCUCUCACCCUGUAUUCUGAAAUACCUCUGUUACAUGAAGAUCCAUCCAUCCAACCAUUCUCUUGAUUUUUAGACAGAAAAGUCCAAUGCACUUAAUAUAAGGACUAUUUUGACAUUUUGUCAAAAAUGCAACCAUGAAAAGUACUUUCAUAUCUUACGAAGAUGAAUGUAUAGUGCCUGAGAAAAUCAGACAAAUGUUGUAGUUCUGUGAUAUCAGUUUUGCACUUUUGCACUAAGUGAGAUUCAUGCUUUGUGUUAAGUCUGCACCACAGGUACUGUACAGUAUAACUUCAAACCUCCCUGAAACUCAGUGUCAUAAUUCAGUAACUUGAUCUACACUUCCAUAGAAAUGUAAUUACACACUGAGUGGAUGCAACCUACAAUGACUGUGAUUGGCCUGAUCAGUGCUGUCAUUUCCUAAGCAUUUCCAGCUACUUCUUUUACUGCUGCCAUUUUCUAAAUUGACCGGCAGGGAAUGGAUGAACUUGAAGAGAAAAACUUGCUGACCACUUGUGUCUCCUGGUCUCUGUAUAGAUUCAGUGCACAAGUAUAUAUUACACAUAAUUUUCACUAACAUUUCUACAUGUGAUGCAAGCAAGAGGCAAUGGUUUGUGUCCAUUUAUCUUUGUAUUGGUCCUUCGCAAUAACCACUUCCGCUGAAUUACUGACCAUUACUGCUCGUUCCCAUCUCUGUCACUUUUGUCCAGUCCCACCAUAACUAACCCCAGUCAAGUUUAUAUGCAUUACAGUAGAACGAGAAAAGAAUAAAUUAAAACAAAUUCAGCAAAAAUCACUCGGCUUUGAGAGAUUUUUGGCUUUUUAAACUAAGACAAAACCACUAAGACAUGCAAAUAAUUGUGCAGUUAUUAAAACCUACAAACUUAAAAAAACAAAUGAGCAAAUAUUAUUACUCUGUCGCCUCAGCCCUGAUGUGACCGACUGGAGUCUAUUGGAAGGCAUGCCAAGAUUUAUCAUAACAAUACAACAUAUUUACUCUUGGAUUCAGUGCAUAUGUAAUGACUGGAAAUUCACAUGCCAUUGCACUUGGCUGGUAGAAUGGAAACACAAUUUAUUUCUGUACAAAAACAUUUUUUAUCUUGAACUUUCUGAGUAGAUGUUCAACAUAGAUCUUGAAAGUAGUAAUCUAAUAUAAUCGAGUAAUCCAAUAAUCAAUUAAUAUUUUAAAUGCUAUGGCGUAGUCAAAAUCAGGGAUUUCUUUUUAUCAAUAAAGCAUAAAUUGCUCAUGUUUUAAGGUGAGAGACUUGACAUGUGUUAAAGGAAGAUAGCACCUGCAAUGUCCAGAUCAAGGCAAAAAACCAUCACGUGGAUUAUCAAAUGCUGCCAUGUGUGUAAAAAUAUAUAUUACUUUUCAAAGAAAUAUAUAUUUGUAAGUCUGAGAUGGUUUGGGCACAUACAGAGGUGGAAUAGUGCAUACAUUACACAAAGCAUGUUGAAUAUAGACCCGCCAGGUAGCAGAAAAAAAGAAGACCACAGAGAAGAUUCAACACUGCAACUACUCUACUCAUGGAGAGAACUAAAAAAGCUGUUAAUUGUACAUCAUGAACCACUUUUUCAUUGCGUCACUCAGAGAAUGGACUUUGUUAAACUGUGAUAAAUGUGAAAUUGUCUCUAACAAGUACUGACUAACUGCUGUUACGGUCACUGACCUCUAAGGGCUCUCCACAUAUGAGAUAGCUCUUUCUCCUUGUCCUGUGUUUCAGGUCUGCCUCAUAACCACAGCUGAGAUGUGUUGCAUCGUUAGCCACUCCAUAAAGAUUGUCAUCUCAAGAUACCUUGCCCUUUUCUGUUUUCCCUGGGCUUUAAGCUGCAGUGAUUCGGGCAACAGACUGUAGCUGUGCAAAACUUGUGAAGCUUGGUGGGACUGUUUUUUUUGUGUGUGUGUGUGAGUAAAAGUGUCUUUACAAUGUAAAUUGCAGUGAUCCACAGUGGAGGCAGGUAGGGGUUCUCUGCCAUUUUUGUUUCAGUUUUUUUCUCCUGUUUUGUGGCUAGACUGGGAGCUCAGCCAUUGUACUUUAUUAUCUUACAGAUAGAGUGGGCUUAUUUUGUUUUUUAGUUUUGCUUUGCUUUUUAGCUAGAAAGGGGUGUGGUGGUUGUUGUUUUGGCCUUGGAGACCCUGAUGCUUAGAGCUUCCCUGUGUUUUAUAUUUGUCCUAGUUGGUUGUUUUGCAUUAGUUGUAAAAUAACUGGUGUUCUACUGAUGUAGAUGGUUAAUAGUUUGUUUUUUCUUCACUUUGUGUUACACCCCUUUCCAGAUAACUUUGCUGUUAAGUGGGCUGUAACAACUACUAUCUCCUUACAGUAGGAUAUUUGUCUUGACAUACUGCCAGAGAAUCAGUAUGUUUGUUGAUCUAAUCUGAUUCCAGAAUAGAUUCAACAUUGGUGAGCUUGUGAGCCCUCAUUUCCUCAUUCAUAUUUAUCACUCAGUUUCUAUGUGGACUGUAAAGCAGGUGGCACACUGCCUGCCAGCUUUCCUGCAUUGGAAACACAAGUUGGUGCAGCAAUCACAAUUUAAAAAAAAAAAAAAAAAAAAACGACGUAAAUUUUGAUGAUCACUCAUUUGUUGUGUUGUAACUGGUCACACUGGUGGAAAGAUGUCUCUCAUGGUUGAGGUUUGGAGAUGAUGUGAAUAUCUGAGUGAAGUUGAGGAUAAAAUGAUUUUAAGGCUGUAAAACUGAAUUAAAUUUAACUUAAACUUUUUAAAUGCAGCCUGUGCACAGCGUGUUUGUGUUCUAAAGAUUUCAUGUUGAAAUUAGUUCACACAUUGAGAUUUGAUCAUUAAAUGAUGUCAAACAACAUUUUAAAAGGUACAGUUUCUGAAAUUCUGAGUUUGAACCUCAACUUAUUUUUCACUGAAAACCUAAAUCACAUGUUUUUCCUAUAUUUUCAUGUAGGCUUGAAAUAAAAUAUCUCCCUCUGCUGGUACUGCAGCUUAUUGAAAGCUUUUAAUGGGCAAGACGGACUGGCAUGUCUAUCACACGCUUUGCUGUAAUAUCAGCUUGGGCAUGGAGGUAAAGUAGGCUCACAGCAAGAAAUGUUCCUAGUGCAGGCCUAAAAGUUUAACACUACUUGAAAAAUGGCAAAAAAUCAUAUUUUGCAUGGUUGGAUCUUAACAAGGCUCCAAGUAGAGCUUUAACAUGCAACAAGAAGGAAUUUUUUAAAUUAUUAUUAUUUUCAAUUGAUUUAAAAUAACACUUAACCUGAACUCUUUGCAGUAGAGUAUCACUUCUAUUAGUGUCUGUAGUUUUCUCUGGUCCCCUCCUAAAUCGGACCAGGACUGACAUGUUUAGCCACAUGUUCUCCUUAAAUUGCUGUCUGAGUGGUGUCCAAAAAUGUGGGCUUUACAGAUAAUUAGGAAACUUUUUGGAGGAAACCUAGCCUUGUUAGGAGAGAUGGCAUCAAUCCCAUUGUGGAUGGUGCAGCUCAUUUCUAGAAAUCUGGACUAAUUUAUUAAAUCCCCCAAAACGUGACUAUCCAAAGUUGGGACCAGGAAGCAGAGUUGCAGUCUUACAUGCCGCUCUGCAGCUUCUCGCCACCCUUUACAACCCCAAAACCCCAUCCCCUCAUAGACUGUGUCAGCUCCCAAACAGACAAAAUACCGGCUUCGCCGGUUUGACAGAUCUGCUUCGCCGCUGCUGGCUCCACGACUAUCCGCCAGACCUGCUUCGCCUUUAGCUGCACCGCCGUGGUCUUCCACGCAGCUGGCCUCAUCUCCGUUGCUGACGCUGGCCAUGCGGUUGGGUCCUGGACCUGCUUCGCCUUUGCUGCUACUACUGGAUACAUGGUCGACAUCCUGUUCUGUUAGGGUACCUGGGUCUGACACAGAGUAUGUUUGAUUUAUCAAUAUUCAUUGAUGUAGUCUUCCUACCAGUUAUCGUGCUUUGUAUUUCUAGCUCCCUCAGUUAUCUUUAGUAUUUCCUGAUUUCUAGUUAGGUUUUGUUAUUGUUCCUCCCCUGUUCCUUGUGUUUUGUCGACUCAGUUAUGGUUUCAUGUCUGUCUUUCACGGUCCCUAUGUCUAAUCCAUGUCUCAGCAUGUGUCUGCUUUAUAAAUUUCUCUUCUGUUUCCAGCCGGCUAUGUUUUUAUGUCUGCUUCUUUCCCCGGUUACAGUGUGAAGUCCAUGUCUCAGUGUGUGUCUCAUAUUUCCUGUUUUACAUCUUGUGUGAGUGUAUUCUGUUUGCUUCCACCUGGUCUCGUAUGUCUGUGUGUGAUUAGUCCCAGCUGUGUUUCCCUCUUGGUCCUCAUUCCCUUGUUACCCUAUUGUAUUUAUUGUCUGUAAAGUAGUAAACAAGUUGGCGGUGCACACAGACGUAGCAGCUCACUGCUCCUCACAUUUGGUGCUUUGUUUUUUACUUGUUCUACGUGUAUAUGUGUGGGUGUAUGUGUUUUUUACUACUAUAAAUCGAAUAGAGUCUACUUGGUCAUCAGGACCUUCUGAGUUUGGGAUUACGCUGUGCAAGGAACAUUACGUCAGACUAUCACCACUUCCACAGCAUUCUGAAGGAAAUAAUAAGAACUCCGGGGUUUCCGUGGUUGGUUCUUUCCAGCAGCAAGAGGAAACGUAAAAAAAGGAGGCAAAAGUGUGGCUGCAGGGCGGGCCCGCUAGCACGACUAAAGAAACAACCAUUUACGCCACUGCUUCUGAGUAUCUUCCUCUCCAACAUCAGGUCCAUAACCAACAAAAUCGACGAACUGAGAUUACAGACUGCAGCCAACAAGUGUGUACAGGACAACAGCAUUAUACUACUCGGAGAGACUUGGCUGCAGCCAUCAAUUCCGGAGUAUUGAAUUUGCAGGCUGCACGGUCAACCCUCACGACAGGAAGAGCCACUCUAGACGCAGUGCACAUUAUAGCUGGGGGCUUCAACCAUGCUGACUUUAGGUCAGUGCAACAAGGGGGGAAAAACACACCGGAUAAAGCCUACAGCAACAUCCAAAAAGGCUACAGAGCAACCCUCCUACCACAUCUCGGUUAGUCAGAUCACACGUCCAUGCUGCUGAUCCCUGCAUACAUUCCUGUUAGGAGGAGCCUUUCAGCUCAUUUUUCAAAUAAAAAAAAUCAACAUGUUCUUCCCAUUUAAAUAGUUGGUCCAUAUAGAUGCCCAAAUACAAAUACUUUGUGGCUGACCACUAGAGGGCUCCACUCACACCCAGUGUUGAGGAAAUGUGUUACUGUGUUUUGUGGCGCGAUGUGAGAAGAGGAAUAAAGCAGGAGUGAGAACUAA